AACAAUAACAGCAGUGUGUUUUUGUAUAUAACAAGAAACGAAAUACAAUAAUAGAGUGACGAUGAUGAGACGACGAGCACCAAAUCGUAUGACUUUUCAGGGAAUUUAUUAAAAACUCAAUUUUUAGUAGAAAAUUUUCAACGUUGGCGAGUAGUUGUGAGCGCACGUUAGUUAAAUCUCCGGUGAGAUUUAUUUUGUUUUUUCUUGCUAAAAGUUUCUUAUCCAUGUGUGAGUACAUGAAAUAGGAAAAAAAAACUCCCUAUAUUGUGACUGUGUGUAUAACAAGUACUCAGUACUCACAAGAGCAUUAUUCACAAAUUUACAACAAUAAAGUGACCAAAAAUUGAAUAGCCACGGACGCUGGCUUAAAUUAAAUAAAAAAUAUAUAUAAAAGUUGUUAAUAAUUUAAUUUUAAAAAUAAAAAAGUAGAAAUUGUUAUAAAAGAAACUUGCCAAAGGCAAAGUAAAAAAUAAACAACCAACAAAAAAAAACAGUGACAAAAGUCAUAAUAGACUCUUUAUAUCCGGGGUGUUAAUUAAAUCUCGCCACCAUUACCCACUAUUACCACCCAAUUCAACAACAGCAACAGCCCAUUGAGGACGUUUGUGCUGUUGGUGAAUCGGUGGACUCAAUGAUGGCAUUGCCCAUGAAUUCCUUAUAUUCCCUUACCUGGGGUGACUAUGGCACCUCAUUGGUAUCGGCCAUACAACUGCUGCGAUGUCAUGGCGAUCUGGUGGAUUGUACUUUAGCAGCUGGUGGCCGGAGUUUUCCCGCACACAAGAUUGUCUUGUGUGCGGCCUCACCAUUUCUAUUGGAUUUGCUAAAGAAUACACCCUGCAAACAUCCAGUAGUUAUGUUGGCCGGUGUCAAUGCCAACGACUUGGAGGCUCUGCUAGAGUUUGUCUAUCGUGGUGAGGUGAGCGUGGAUCACGCACAAUUACCCUCGCUAUUGCAGGCGGCUCAAUGUUUGAACAUACAAGGCUUGGCGCCACAAACAGUGACCAAAGAUGACUACACCACGCACUCGAUACAAUUGCAGCACAUGAUACCGCAACAUCACCAUGAACAAGACCAACUGAUUGCCACCAUUGCCACCGCUCCCCAACAAACCGUACACGCUCAAGUUGUCGAUGAUAUACACCAGGCUGGACAAAUCUUGCAAACCACCACACAAACGAAUGCGGCUACCGGACAACAGCAAACGAUUUUGACCACUGAUGCUACCAAGGAUGUUAUACAGCAAUAUUUACCGGCACGCAAACGUAAACCCCGAGUCAAGAAAAUGUCACCCACGGCCCCUAAAAUCAGCAAAGUUGAAGGCAUGGAAACGAUUAUUAGCACACCCACAUCAUCGCACCCGGCCACUACUGUACAAACCACCCAACAACAACAACAGCAGCAGCAACAACAGGUCCAACAACAACAACAGCAGCAGCAACAACAACAGGCCCAACAACAGCAGCAGCAGCAACAGUUACAGCAACAGCAGCAGCAACAACAACAACAGGCCCAACAACAGCAGCAGCAGCAACAAAUUGAAAAUGGCAAUGAAACACAAAUAAUCACCUCGACACCCAUUAUCAAGAGUGAGGUAAACAAGGUUGAGACCAUUGUCACCAUGGAUCCGAACAGCAGCAGCGAGGUGUCCAUGAUAACGCCCAGCAAAUCGGGCAAACGUUCGAAGAAUGUCAGUGGUGAAAAACCCCGCUCCCGUUCACAAUCCGAACAACCGGCCACCUGUCCCAUCUGUUAUGCUGUCAUCCGUCAAUCUCGUAACUUGCGUCGCCAUUUGGAGCUGAGACAUUUUGCCAAACCGGGCGUUAAAAAGGAAAAGAAAAGUAAGUCCUCCACUAAUGCCGCCAAUUCAAGUGCAAAUGAUUCCGAUAACGGUACAACACUACUCGCCUCAUCCACACUGAACAGUGACACCAGUACACUUUUAGACACAACGCAACAUGGAGGCAAGAAAACCGCAAUGGCCGUACCGCCCGGCACCACUAAUGCUUCUGGAACAUCGACCGUGACCACAACAACCGUAAGCACUGUGCCGCAAGUACAAUCCGUACAAUCGUUGCACACCCUACAGACCGUACAAGUAAAGAAGGAUCCUGAUGCACAAAAUCAACAGCAACAACAAACCAUGACAGUGACAACGACCAACAAUGGACAACAGCAGCAGCAGCAACAUCAACAGCAGCAGCAACAACAGCAACAAGUACAACAGGUGCAAGUGCAACAAACACAACAAAUCCAACAGCAUCAUAUAAUAGAUCAAUCGGGUAAUAUAUCAACUGCUACGACCACAGCUAAUACGCAGCAGCAACAGCAAACCCAACAACAGCAGCAGCAACAGCAACAACAACAGCCCCAACAAAUUGUCACACAAACUGAGAAUACCGAUGGCACCACAUCCCUAUCGAUUGCUCAAGUACAAACCCUGCAGGGUCAUCAAAUCUUGGGCAAUAUCAAUCAGGGCAACAAUAAGAACAUUUUGGUAAAGAAGGUUUUCAUUUUAAAAGGCAGUAAUAAUACGUAAUGAUGAUCCAACGAUAUGAUCUGCGGCUCCGAGGGUAGUACGGUGGACAACGGAGUCGAGGUCGUAGCGGCAACAACAUCAGCAACAACGUCAACAGCUAAUGAAACCAACAACAACAACA